CAUUGGCGUGCAGCAGGAAAACAAUUCGGGGGUAACCAACAAAAUGGUGAAACGCACCGACGGCACAGAAUCUCCCAUACUGGCUGAAGACGGUGGCGAUGGCCAUGACAAACCGCGUUUGCGCUACGGAGAACUAGUUAUACUCGGCUACAAUGGCUACUUGCCACAGGGCGAUCGCGGGCGACGACGCUCCAAAUUUGUGCUCCACAAACGGACAGAGGCGAGCGGCGUCAAGCGCUCAAAGCACUACAUCGUCCAGUCGCCACAAACAUCGAAGGCCAUUCUGGAUGCCAAUCAGCAUUCAAUCUCGUACACGCUCUCACGCAACCAGGCGGUUAUCGUCGAGUACAAGGAGGACAUGGAAACGGAUAUGUUUCAGGUGGGACGCUCCUCAGAGUCCCCCAUCGAUUUUGUUGUGAUGGAUACGCUGCCGGGCGAUAAGAAGGACGCCAAGGUGAUGCAGAGCACAAUCUCCCGGUUUGCGUGCCGCAUCCUGGUCAAUCGGUGUGAGCCCGCCAAGUCGAGAAUAUUUGCCGCCGGCUUUGAUUCAAGCAGAAACAUAUUCCUCGGGGAAAAGGCAACCAAGUGGCAGGAUAAUGUGGAAAUCGAUGGCCUGACCACCAACGGUGUGCUGAUCAUGCAUCCCAAAGGAUCCUUCUGUGGCGGCAAUGCCAAGUGCGGCCUCUGGCGUGAGUGUUCCGUGGGUGGGGAUGUCUUUAGCCUGCGCGAGUCGCGUUCGGCCCAGCAAAAGGGUCAACCGGUCUAUGACGAAUGCAACAUCCUGCAGGAUGGCACACUUAUUGAUCUCUGCGGUGCCACGCUGCUCUGGCGCUCCGCCGAGGGCUUGCAACACUCGCCGACCAAACACGAUUUGGAGAAACUUAUCGAUGCCAUCAAUGCCGGUCGUCCACAGUGCCCGGUGGGGCUCAACACGCUGGUCAUACCACGCAAAGUAAACAUUAGUGAUCAGGUGAAUCAGCCUUAUGUGUACUUAAACUGCGGCCAUGUGCAGGGUCAUCACGACUGGGGUCAGGAUGAGAACACUGGCGCUCGCCGCUGUCCCAUGUGCCUGGAGCUGGGUCCCGUGGUCACCCUCUGCAUGGGCCUGGAGCCGGCCUUCUAUGUGGACGUGGGGGCCCCAACGUAUGCAUUCAAUCCAUGCGGACACAUGGCGACUGAGAAAACUGUCAAAUACUGGGCUAAUGUUGAGAUACCGCACGGCACCAAUGGCUUUCAGGCUGUUUGUCCCUUCUGUGCGACGCCGUUGGAUGGCGCGACUGGCUACAUUAAAUUAAUAUUCCAGGAUAAUCUAGAUUAAAUAUAAAUAUACAUGAUAAACAAUUGUAUUUACGUCUAUAUAGAUAUUUGUAGUAAUUGAAAAGAUGUCCAAGUUUGAAGCAGGCAUUAAAACUAGGCUUUAUUUAUUACCAUUAAUUAAUAUUAACCGGAAACUGAAAUCGAAACCGAAACCGAAACCGAACCCGAUUUCUGCUAACUGAAUUGAAAAGCAGCAAAGCGAAGCAAAAGAUUGUAUUUUGUAUUUGCAUUUGGCUUUGCCUUUGCCUUUGCUGUGACUGCAACUCUGAUUUUUGAUUUGUUUCGAUUGCUGCUGCUCUUUAAUUGCUGGAUUAUGUUUGCCAAACCCCUACCCGCCUACCCGCCUACCCGGCUCCCCCUUUGAAUUGCAUGUUCAACUCUGAUGUUUGUAUAAAUUAUUUUGAAUUAAUUCAGGCAGCGAUCGGCGGCAGGCAGACAGGAGAAAGCACUGAGAGCAUAGGAAAAGCAUUUGAAUGUAAAUCGCAGAUAUAUAAGGAUCAUUAAUUGUCUAUAAUUGUGUACAAAAACAAAAAAAAAACAAAAAACGAAAUGAUAAGAAAACAAACAAAAAACAAUUUUGAAGUUGUAAUCGUUAAAUCCAAUUAUUCGCAAAUCCAAACCAUAAGCAGCCACACACAAGCAAACAUUUAUGUAUUUCUCACCAAAUCUAGAGCUUACAUAUAGAAGGGAGUGGGAGUUGGGAGUGGGGAGUGGGGAAUGCGCCCCAGAACAAUUAUAAGCCGGCAUUUGACUCGAUCAAAGUGCUAGGUGCGGUAAAGCAUAUUCUAAAUAGCAUAUAACAACAUGUACAGUUUCAAAACUCUGUCAAAAAGUAAAAACAAAAAAAAACGAAACAAAAACAAAAACAAAAUGUAACGCAUUUAGUACGAUCCGUAAUGAAUUCACACAUGCAUAUGUAUGUCCAGAUCUAUAUAUAUAUACGUAUAUCUCUAUCUAUAUUUAUCUGCUGCGAUGUACGAGUGUGUGUGUGGGUUAUUCUUUCAUUUUCUGCCCAAAUCGCAUUAUGCAUUACUAUGUUAAUUAAUCUUACAUCUUAUUAUUAUGUAUUACGAUUAUUUGUAUUAUUAUUAUUAUUUUGUAUGCAUUAAACACUCUUGUGUGUUCAUCGAGUGUUGCGCCGCAGCAUUGCGCUAGCAAAAAAAAAAAAACGAGAAACAAACAAAACAAAACCAACAACAAAAUAGUUCAUAAUAAAUACAAAAUGUAAAAUAACUUUCUAGCAAUACACACAUCCACGAUAAAAAAAACAAA